GCACGCUCCCACUCUCACCUACGCACUCAUCGACUGAUACUCCAUACGCCAUAGACUAGAAGUGCAGUGUAGUGCUGCCAUUGCCCUAGCUGAUCACUCAAUGUCUGGGCAUGGGUCGUCGGGCAAGCACCCCUUCUACCGCGGCAUCCGGAGCCGGUGCGGGAAGUGGGUCUCGGAGAUCCGGGAGCCGCGGAAGGCCCGCCGCAUCUGGCUCGGUACCUUCCCGACGGCCGAGAUGGCCGCCGUGGCCUACGACGUGGCCGCCCAGGCGCUGCGCGGGCCCGACGCGGCGCUCAACUUCCCCGCCUUGGCCGCCACGCGCCGCGCCCCGGCGUCCGCCUCCGCGGACGACAUCCGCGCGGCGGCGGCCGCCGCAGCCGUCUCCGUCCAGCACGAUCGCGCCGGCGGCGGCAUUGCCCCCGCGGCUGCUGGAUCCGCACUGCAGCUGCAGCAGCAGCUGAGCGGGGGCAGUGCCGCCGCUGCCUCGGCGAGCGGCGCGGCCCAGCAGGAUCAAGCCGGCAUUGGGUUCAACCAGUUCUUCCUGGACGAGGAGGCGCUCUUCGAGACGCCGCAGUUCCUGCGCAGCAUGGCCGCCGGGAUGAUGAUGAGCCCCCCAAGGCUCAGCCCCGACUCCUCCGACGAAUCGCCGGACCCUUCCGAGGCCGGGGAGAGCCUCUGGAGCUACCGCGACCCGUAGCCAUAGCUCGAUCGAUCGAUCGACCAUGGCCUACAUGCCAUGGCGUCGCGACUUGCUACUAGUACCACUACUAUUGCAGCUACAGCACCACUACUGAACUUGGAGCCUGAAAUAACGAGGAUAGGUAAGGAGGCGCGAACCGGUGUUGGAGAUCCCAUUUUUCUCUCCGGUAACGCAUGCAGAUGUGGGUUGGGUUUAUCGUCCGCCUGAUCUCCUUCUACCUCUUCUCUCCUUCUUCUCCCUAUCUAUCUAGACUAUUUUUCCCCUUGCUGUUUGAAGUGUUUUGGACCUUCUGGUUUGAUGAAAGCCAGAGGGGGAGAAGGUCUCCCGUUUCACCAGCUCUGGCUCUGUUUGAAGCAUCCGAGCUUGGCAGUAUAUAAAGCUGCAGCAGCGAGAUACUUCGCUAAAAUGUCGAGCGGGUCACGAGGAGGCCUGUACGCACUGUUUAUGUGGAUGUACCACGUAAGUACUUAGUCGUGGAAUCAAGUUUGUACUGUAACUAUUCUGUGGGUGCGGAUUGGCUAUAAGAUGUGCGCACAGCACAUCGCUAGCUCCACCUUUCCCCCUUUUUGAAACCCUUGUUGCUGAUUUCCAGUUUGUGGUCAAGUGUGUGCCGGUGUGUGAGCCUUUUGACUCGGGGUAGUUGGCCGUUGAAAAGGAUCAAAAGAGCCAACCACGGUUUGGUACAUGUGGCCUUUUGGUGUUUUCGCGAUCAGCUU